GCAGGGUCUGUCCAGUGGGUGUGCGCGUGAGAGCUGUGCCGGGGCGCGUGGCCAUGCUGGAGAGCGGGCGGAAGGUGCUGAAGGAGGGGCUGCUGGAGAAGCGCAGCGACGGACUCCUGCAGCUGUGGAAGAAGAAGCGGUGCGCGCUCACGGAGGACGGCGUGCUCCUGCUGCCGCCCAAACAGCACGAGCCCUCCCAGCCGCCGCACGCGCACCGGGACUCGGCCAAAGUCAAAGAGCUGCACUUCGCCAACAUGAAGACCGUGGACUGCGUGGAGCGCAAGGGGAAGUACGUGUACUUCACCGUGGUGAUGGCGGAGGGCAAAGAGAUCGACUUCAGGUGCCCGCAGGACGAGGGCUGGAACGCGCAGAUCACGCUGCAGAUGGUGCAGUACAAGAACAGACAGGCCAUCCUCGCGGUGCGCUCCACGCGCCAGAAGCAGCAGCUGCUCGUGGUGCACGUCCCCGGGCAGAAGACGCUCCGCAGCGCGCCCAACGUGGCGUGAGCGAGCCCCGGACACGAGCCUCGUCUGCGAUGUCUGGACUCGCGGCUGCCGUCUGAACUUGGAUUCUGGAACAUUUUUUGUCUCUGCGUCUCCAUGGUAACCUCAUUCAGAGACUAUCACAGCGGACACACAGACUGAGCAUGUGCGAAAAAAAGCCACUCCUCCGCGGAUGGACUCAAACUUUAUUUAUUAGAUGUACAUAUAUUUUUUAACCUGUCGUCGUCAUUGAAUGUGUCCCGUGCGUUUUUUGGAUCGUAGCCCGUGUCUCUACAGAGGACCCGACUGGGAUCAGAACUAUUUCGUUUCACUGCAAAAAAGAAAUAUCUGUAAGUGUUAAAGGAGCACUGUGUAACUUUUUUUUUUUGCGUUUGCGUAUUACUCGGAAUAUGCGUGUUAGAACCUCCAACAAAGUCACAUAGUGCGCCUUUUAAAAAUGACUUGAAUUUUAGGGUGUCAUUUGAGUUUGGAUUGUCGACUGUUGUUGUGUCCUCGGGCAAGACACUUCUCCCUUUCUGUCACUACGAACAAAAGUGUUUGUUUGGAGAGGCAGUUGUGGCUAAAAAAGUUUGUUUGGGAUCGCCCCCCACAAACCUGCCAUUAUAAAUUCCAUUAUAAAUUUAUAGUUUAGAGUCCUUUGAUUUAAAUUUCAACUCUAUGGGAGAUUCACUGUUUUUGGAAGGAAUCUCCAAACUGAAAAUCCAUAAAUGUCGAACCUUCUCAUUAUUUGUUUGAGAUCGGCUCCACAAACCUGCCAUUAUAAAUAUAACUCUACGGGAGAUUCACUGUUUUUGAAAGGAGUCCCCAAGCUGAAAAUCCACAAAUGUUGAACCUUCUCAUUAUUUGUUUGGGAUUAGCUCCACAAACCUGCCAUUAUAAAUUUACAUUUUAGAGUCCUUUCAACUGACAACAAACCACUUUUUGAACUCUGAAAAAAUUAUAUAUGGAUUUAAAUUUCAACUCUAUCUGAGAUUUGAUGAAAAUCCACAAAUGUUGAACCUUCUCAUUAUUUGUUUGAGAUCGGCUCCACAAACCUGCCAUUAUAAAUAUAAGUCUACGGGAGAUUCACUGUUUUUGAAAGGAAUCCCCAAACUGAAAAUCCACAAAUGUUGAACCUUCUCAUUAUUUGUUUGGGAUCAGCUCCAUAAACCUGCCAUUAUAAAUUUAUGGUUUAAAGUCUUUUCAGCUAAAUCACUUUUUGAAGGCUGAAAAAUAUAGAUAUGGAUUUAAAUUCCAUUAUAACUCCAUGGGAGAUUAACUGUUUUUGAUAGGAAUCUCCAAACUGAAAAUCUACAAAUGUUGAACUUUCUCAUUAUUUGUUUGGGAUUUGCUCCACAAACCUGUCAUUAUAAAUUUAUGGUUUAACAUUCUUUCUACGGACAACAAAACACUUUUUGAAGGCUGAAAAAAAAAGGAUUAAAAUUUCAGAUAUAACCAUGGGAGAUUCAAUAUUUUUGGAAGGAAUCCCCAAACUGAAAAUCCACAAAUGUUGAACUUUCUCAUUAUUUGUUUGGGAUUAGCUCCAUAAAUCUCCCAUUAUAAAUUUACGGUUUAGAGUCCUUUCAACUGACAACAAACCACUUUUUGAAGGCUGAAAAAAAAAGGAUUAAAAUUUCAGAUAUUAACUCUACGGGAGAUUCAAUGUUUUUGGAUUAAUCUCCAAGCUGAAAAUCCAGAAAUCCACAAGAGAUCAGCUCCAUUAACCUUCUAUUAUAAAUUUUUGGUUUAAAGUCCUUUCAAUUGACAAACCACUUUUUGAAGGCUGAAAAAAAAAAAAAAAAAAAAGAUUAAAUUUCUGAUAUAACUAUGGGAGAUUCAAUAUUUUUGGAAGGAAUCUCCAAACUGAAAAUCCAGAAAUCCACAAGAUCAACCCCAUAAACCUGCCAUUAUAAAUUUACAGUUUAAAGCCCUUUCAACUGACAACACUUUUGCUUAGUUGUAUGAAAAAUGCCACCACUUUUUGAAGCUAUAGCUAAACAAUAAUUUCACUUUUGCUUAUUUAUACGGACAGAGAAGACGCCGAACCCAUAAACCAGGUCUAUAAAUCUUAAAAUCUCACAAUUACACUGGAAAGUCCACCUGCGAAUUCUGACCUGUCCUCCAUUUUAAAAGUGCACUGCGUGACAUUUCUAGUCGAGCGUUUGCCACCUGCUCGUCUCCAUGGAAACGUUAUUGCUAUAUGUAGAAUGUUUCACAGUACACAACGAGUCACAGAUGGAAUUCCAGUAUUUUCUGAGCAAUAGAAACACCUUUAAUCAAUAAACGUUGGAUGGAAAUGUUUAAUGUCAUGCCACGGAACAUUCUAGGUAAAGCAAUAACAUUUCCACGAGAAGAAGUUACGCAGUGCACCUUUAAACUACGGGCGUUUGCGAAUGUUACGAUUUUACUUAUAACAACCCAAAAAAUUCAAGUCUUUUUAAAAGUUUUGUGGAUAGUUCUUGUUUUGCAGUGACGGUCGUCGUUGUCGUAGAAAGAAUCGCCUGAAACUGUUCGAAGCCCGUUCAUUUCAUCUCCAACUGAACCAAAGACUCAUAAGAAGAUUCGAUUCCGACGUGAGGAGAACGGAAAAUGUUUUUGGAUUAAUUUGCAGUCGACAAGGACAAGGAACCACCUACGAGCGCCAUGGAAACACGAGCUCUUCUGUGGAGCACUGCCGAGGCUCUGUUCACGUUUACGUCACAAACCAGGACGACGUUUGGAAACAUUCGGCGACAACUUCCGGUUUAGUUCUCGACACUGGAUUUGCCGACCGACUGUGAUCAAACCCACUGAAGUAAAUGUGAUCAGCGGUAAAAUGAAGACCGCAGACAUAUGUGCUGUUUGGAAUCAUCUUGAAUCAUCAUGUCCUGGCCGUUCGGGGUUUUUUUUUUUUUAUAAAGUGAUGGAAAUGUCCGGGUUUUCAUUACCGUUCAAUGGGCCAUUAAAUUAAGCGUCUCUUGUAGCUCUCUGUAACUCAGAAAGAGCGAGCAGACACAAACAGUCGAUCAACCUGUAACAUGCCGAAGUGCAAAUGCGCAUUUAACGAUGACUUAUGUACAAGAAAGUCCCUGCAAUUCCGUCCAGUUCGUUACAAGUGUUAGACCAUGUGCACACUGUACAAUAGGGUUAUAACUUUUUGAACUUUUUUUCCAAAAUCAAAGUCCUGCAUCAUGUUUGGAUGAACUUUUUAGUAUAAUUGAAGAAACCAAACUCCAUUUUCAACACUCUUUUAAAAAAGUCCCCCCGAAACAAAAACAUAUUAAAUACACAUUACAGCCAAUGAUAUGAAAUGUGAAACGGUGCUAAGUUCUCACAAGAGCCAUUACAAGUCAAUUUGACUGAAAAUGGAUCAAUAAUAAGUUGUACUGCAUCAUAAUAUACUGGAGUUUCACUUUCUAUUCUUGCUUUCACUUUAUAAGCCAUCAGAGUACAAAUUAAGAGUAACUGUAUUCAGUUACAGUUACUGUUUCAGUGAGUGGUAAUUGGAUUACAGUUACUUGGUUGAAAUAAAUGGAUUAC